GCUUCCCGGAAUAACCCCUCCCAUGAACUCUGAACUCCGCCGGCGGCCCUCCGAGAGUUCCGGAACUGCGGCCAGACCGCCGGAAGUACCCUGCCGGCAUCUCUCUGCGCUCCCUCUCGCUCGCCGGCGGCCAAGAUGGCGGAGCUGAGCAGCGGCGGCGGCGGCGGCAGCAGCGGCGCCUCGUCCUCCUCACAGCCGGGCGGCGGGGGCGAAGGCGAGCCGGCGGCGACGGCAACCACGGGCGCCCUGAUCCGCGUGACGGUGAAGACGCCGAAGGACAAGGAGGAGAUCCUGACCGGCGAGCGCAUCUCCGUCAGGGAGUUCAAGGAGGAGAUCUCGCGGCGGUUCAAGGCCAAGCAGGAGCAGCUGGUGCUGAUCUUCGCGGGGAAGAUCCUGAAGGACGGCGACUCGCUGCUCCAGCACGGCGUGAAGGACGGGCUGACGGUGCACCUGGUCAUCAAGACCCCCCAGAAGGUGCAAGAACCUCCCAGCGUGACAGCGCCUUCCCCUCCUGUCCCCUCCGCCACUGCUUUGCCUGCCACUGGGGUAGUUCUGACCCCCUCCGCAGCUCCUGCAUCCCCUGCGGCCCCCUCCCAGCCACCCACUUCUAGCAGCGGCCUUUCGGAUGUGGGAAACAGCAGCUGGAGGAGCAGUGCUUUGGGAGGCACGCCAGGGUCAGCUGGGGAAGGAACGCCCAGUGGCGCCACCUCCAUCCUGUCUGGCUUUGGUGGCAUUGCUGGGCUCGGCCACCUGGGGAUGGGCUCAGCAAACUUCAUGGAGCUUCAACAGCAGAUGCAGCGGCAGCUGAUGUCCAGUCCAGAGAUGCUGUCCCAGAUCAUGGAGAACCCCUUGGUCCAGAGCAUGAUGUCCAACCCAGACUUCAUGAGGCGGAUGAUCACAGCCAACCCCCAGAUGCAGCAGCUGAUGGAACGGAACCCAGAAAUCACCCACAUGCUGAACAACCCCGAGUUGAUGCGCCAGACCAUGGAGUUGGCACGCAACCCAGCCAUGAUGCAAGAGAUGAUGCGCAACCAGGACCGAGCCCUGAGCAACUUGGAGAGUGUUCCCGGAGGGUACAAUGCUUUGCGGCGCAUGUACACGGACAUCCAGGAACCGAUGUUCAGCGCUGCCAGGGAACAGUUCGGCAACAAUCCAUUCUCUGCGCUCUCUGGGAGUUCGGACGCCCCAAACGCGCAGCCUCUGCGGACGGAGAACCGAGAGCCGUUGCCCAACCCUUGGAAUCCUGUUCCUGCUUCUCAGGGCCAGGAACCGGAGAACGAAGGGAGCCCUGAGCCGGUCCCAAGCCGGAGCACACCCACCAUCUCCAACCCUUUGGGCAUCAAUGCAGCUGCUUUGGGAUCAGGAAUGUUCAGCAGCCCCGAGAUGCAGGGGCUCCUCCAGCAGGUCUCCGAGAAUCCUCAGCUGAUGCAGAGCGUGAUUUCGGCGCCUUACAUGCGCACGAUGUUGCAGACACUCGCCCAGAACCCAGAGGUUGCCGCUCAGAUGAUGGUCAACGCUCCGGUCUUUGCUGGCAACCCUUCCCUUCAGGAGCAGCUGCGCCUUCAGCUGCCCGCCUUCCUACAGCAGAUGCAGAACCCCGACUCGCUCUCGGUCCUGACGAACCCUCGUGCCAUGCAAGCUUUGCUGCAGAUCCAGCAGGGGCUCCAAAUGCUGCAGACGGAGGCCCCAGGCCUCAUGCCCAGUCUGGGAUCUUUGGGGACCCCUCAGCCCCCCGCACCUUCCGCUGGAGGAACGCCAGUCCUGGAGCCCCCCCUAUCCAGCAGCUUGGCCCCUGCCAGCAGCUCCGCAGCUGGGGACAGCAACCCCUCCCAGCAGCUCAUGCAGCACAUGGUGCAACUCCUGGCCGGUGCCAACUCUCAGGUGCAGAGCCCAGAAGUCCGGUUCCAGCAACAGCUGGAGCAGCUGAGCGCCAUGGGCUUCAUCAACCGCGAGGCCAACCUCCAGGCCCUCAUUGCCACCGGAGGAGACAUCAAUGCCGCCAUCGAAAGACUGUUGGGCUUCCAGGCUUCCUAACAUCAUGCAGGGCGCCUCUGAUCUGCUCUUGGCACGCAAGGACCUUUCCAGGGACCAGCCAUGUUCAGACCCAAGACUGGUACCCUCCCAUCCCUAAAAGACGGGAACAAAAAUGCCUCCAGUCCAGUUCAGCAAGCCCAGACUUGCACCAAAUGCUUGAGACCAGGGGCAUCCAACCUUGGCAACUUUUAAGACCUGUGGCCUUCGACUCCCAGAAUUCCCCAGCCAGCUAUACUAGCUGGGGGAAUUCUGGGAGUUGAAGUCUACAGGUCUCAAGGUUGGACGCCCCUGCUUGAGGUGCUGCAUUGUGCAUGGAUUCCAGGCCUCAUGACUUGUUUGAAAUUGUUUCUCCCCCUCCCCUUAUUCCUGCCCCCACUUUGUUCUCAAGUUUAGCCUCCUCCUCCUUUUAGUUCAUAGAAGUAUAACUUCUAGAUAACCCAAACUGUUGUGUUCUCUUAGUUUGCCCUUUGCUUAGAUUUCCCCCCACCUUCCCACCCAAAGCUAAACCACAAGGAAACGCCAGCGGUGGUCCUCCUCUCCAGAGAGGGUCUCGUGGAAGAGAGAAAGAUGGGACAAUGUUGUUAAAUGCUAGUAAAAAUAACCAGAAGGUCUUCUGUC